GUAAACAGAAGCCAGCGCACACCAGGAAGCUGCUUCUCUUCCUGUCUCUGACAGCCGCGUCAAAGGGGGGAAAAAAGGGCAGAAUUUAGGCUGCAACUCUUGUCUUUUUAAAAAUAAAAUCGGAACAAAACACAUUCAAACCACCGCAGACAUGUCGAAGAAUACAGUCUCCGCCCGCUUCAGGCGAGUGGACGUGGAUGAGUACGACGAAAACAAAUUCGUAGACGAGGACGACGGAGGAGAAAACCAGCUGGGUCCCGACGAGGCAGAGGUGGACUCCCUGGUCAGACAAGGAAACCUCAUGGAGGCCUUGCAAGCAGUUCUGAAGAAUCCACCAAUCAACACAAAGAACCAGAACGUCAAGGAUCGAGCUGAGGGUCUCGUGCUGAAGGUGCUCAGUGCCUUUAAGAGCAGUGACAUUGAGAAAGGGGUGCAGUCGCUUGACAAGAACGGCGUGGACCUGCUGAUGAAAUAUAUCUACAAAGGCUUUGAGAGGCCGUCAGAAAACAGCAGCGCUGUCCUGCUGCAGUGGCACGAAAAGGCACUGGCUGCAGGAGGAGUGGGCAGCAUCGUCAGGGUACUAACGGCGAGGAAAACGGUCUAACAUCGAAGCAGAGAGAUCUACAUCCCAUCACGGACGCGCCGCGCUGCUCGUGUACCGGACGGCAUCGAAACUAAAAGGAAAAAUCCGACUUCUAACCCUCCGAGACGCUCGAGGCAAACCCGAAGGAGAACAGAGAAUCUGGGUUAAAAGCUGUUUUUCUUCCCGUUACUGCUCAUAACCUAAAUCACACUUCUAAGUUGAUGUCAAUGGACAGCAGUGAUUUCCAAUUUAUACAAGACAGAUGUUAGAAAAAUGCCUGAACAUUGGAUGCCACUGCUGCACACGUUGCAUCACAUGCUCCAGUUGUGUUUCAGUUUUCAAGGAUUUCUUUCUGUACUGUUAUACUCCAAAAAAAGUCACGGCUUCUUCUUUAUUUGUCUAAUAUUGUUAUUUUCACCAUCAGACUUCCUGAAUCAAGUCACUCUGUAUCACUCAAACAGUGAUUGUGUACAGAAAAGCACAGCUGC